UAGUGUUUGACUAGGAAUUUAGGGAUUCCAUAUUUAAUAAAUAAAUUAAAUAUUGUAAAAAAAUCUAGACCCUAAUCCACACAAGGACGCAAGUCCAAAAACUCUACCAACACAAUCAAUCAAUUCCCCAGCUGACCGCUGAGCCCCCUCGUCGGCGAAAUUUGACGCGUUUUCGCUGUCCGGCUGCUACAGAACCAGCUGAAUCAAGCUUCAACAGGUUUUCCAUUUUUUAAAACUUGGAGAGCGUAGUUCAGGGUCAAUUUUAUUAGAAUGGCAUUGGUUGUAGUCUGUGGGCAACCAAGCAGUGGGAAGUCAAGAGCUGCGCUGUGCCUUGCCGAAGCUCUAAAAGAAUCAGAAGUAAAAGAGACAGUCAGGAUAAUUGAUGAGACUUCCUUUCAUCUUGAUCGAAAUCAGAGCUAUGCCAAUAUGACUGCAGAGAAAAAUUUACGUGGAGUGCUCCGGUCUGAAGUUGAUAGAUCUGUGUCAAAAGAUAAUAUUAUCAUUGUAGAUUCUUCGAACAGUAUCAAGGGUUACAGAUAUGAAUUGUGGUGUCUGGCACGUGGUGCUGGAAUAAGAUAUUGUGUUCUGUAUUGUGAUGUGGAAGAAGCUCAUUGUAGAGAAUGGAAUGAGGGACGACGGCAGAAAGGAGAACCCACAUAUGAUUAUAACAUAUUUGAAGAUCUUGUAAGAAGGUUUGAGAAACCGGAUAGAAGAAAUCGAUGGGAUUCACCUUUGUUUGAAUUAUGGCCCCAUAAAGAUGGAAUUGAGAAAUCUUCUACUGCUAUUUUGGAUGUUGUUUCUUAUUUGACAAAAAAGGUGGAUUCAAAAUCACGGCAUGUUAAGAUUUUACAGCCAACCAUCGCAACACAAAAUACACGAUUUUCAGAGGCAAAUUCUCUAUAUGAAUUGGAUAGAGCAACACAAGAAGUGAUUAAUGCUAUUGUGGAAGCACAAUCAAAAGCACUUGGAGGACCUCUUAAUGGGAUAUCUCUUGGCCAGGGUUUGCCGAAUGUCAAUAUUUCAAGGUCAGUUGGGCUGCCUGAGCUACGUAGACUACGAAGAACAUUCAUUAAAUUGACAGGGCAAACUAGUUUGAGUGGACCACCACCGCCCUCUGAUUCCGACAGUGCAAAGAGGAUGUUUGUGGACUACUUGAACAGGGAACUAGAAACUACUGAUUGAAUGAGCAUAAAUAUCAUAUUUAUAUUGAAAAGUCUUUGAGAUUAAUCAAGUUUGAGUGCCAUUCUAAGUUUCGCCCGAUAUCAAAAAGUGUUUUACUGACAAGUAAUGGAAGAGGGUUUGUUUGCCUUCUAAAAACAGUUCAAUUUGUUUUUGGUUAUCUAUUGUAUCAAUGAAAGACGCUGUGUUUUGCCAAGGGAAUCACUGUAACAUAUGCUCAAUGGUAAUUUAUUUGGAUUGUUUCAA